AUGUCCGUGGUUCGAACGAAGGUCCUCGGCCUGGUGGACGUAAUUAUGCGCGUUCCCAGCCUGUUCAUUAUCGAUGAAAUUCUCAAAAUGGGUAUGGGCGUGCCGAUGGCCCAACACGCAGGCCAGCUCCCGAACAGUACCGCCAUCAAUCUGGAACCACCCGUAGCCGCAAUGCUCCCGGAAGACGAUCGAGGAAUGCAGGACAGCAUCGAGGUGUACAAAUUCAUCUCGUUCGCAGUGUUCAAGUUUCUCUUCUGUCUAUUCGGUGCCAUCAGUGCAGCUUGUGUAUUCAUGCUAUGGACCCGGCAUUUAGUCAUCGUGUACAUGUACAUCGUUUCCGUGGGAUUGAUCUUCCUGUCCUAUUGGAGCAAUGUAUCCGCCCUGUCGGUUAUAUCUGACAGUCCGAGUUUGCUGGAGGAUGUCCUGUCGCUCAAUAUGGAACGCUUGCUCGAUCCUGGAGGUGUUCUGAUCUCAAUACUGCCACACCUACUUGCCCAAUGGUUGAUGGGUGUCAUCUUCGCCUAUAUUCAUUUGGGACCACGGCACAAAAUCAUUCAAAAGGCGCUGCCGUUCAGUUUCUUAAUGCCACUGCUGCUUGCGAUGUUGCCACUGCCGACGUUAGUCCUUAAACAUUCCCCCGCUUUUGCCGCCAUCUUGCCGCUUGUGCUGUCUAAAAUCGCGCUCUGGAGCUCCUCGUUUGAUGUAGUGAAAACGAUCCUCAGUGGCUAUCAGCAUGCCCGCAACUUUGCCAGCAAUUUCGGCAUUGCGACACUGAUCGAGAACGAAUGGCAACGGUUGAACGUACCGUGCGUUUUGCGCGUGUUUUGGACCAUCCGUCUGCUGGAGCAUCUCAUCAGCUUGCUAAUGUCGUCCGAGGCUCCACUGCGCUUUGCUGCUACGGUGCAGAGCGUGCUGGUCAGUGGGUGCGAAACGCUGACAGCCGUCCUCGGCAUGACCAGCAUAAUUUCACUGAUAUGCCACUAUAUAGGCAAGAUGUUUCAACUGUUCCUGCUCUCGGAGGAUUACGAUGAGGAUAAAUCGAUCGGUACAGUGUCGGCGAUACUUUUCUACAUUUUGGCUCUCCAAACUGGGCUCACUUCGCUGUCACCGGACAAACGCAUUAUUCGAUUGUGUCGCAAUAUGUGCCUGUUGGUGACGGCUUUAUUGCACUUUUUGCACAACAUUGUUGCACCCAUACUAAUGUCACUGAGUGCUGCCCGUAAUCCGUCACGCAAGCGUCACGCACGGGCAUUAAUAGUGUGUGCUUUCCUUCUUAUUGCGCCCGGAUCGUUGCUGGCCGUACUCUGGGCGAGUCACUCACCCUCCACAUGGUUGUUGGCCGUGACAGCUUUCUCAGUUGAAGUGAUUGUGAAGGUUCUCGUCAGUUUGGCAACGUACACGCUCUUCCUGCUGGAUGCAAGGCGACAGACAUUCUGGGAGAAGCUGGAUGAUUACGUUUACUACAUACGAGCGUUUGGAAAUUCAGUAGAAUUCUGCUUCGGAAUAUUCCUGUUUUUCAACGGAGCCUGGAUAUUGAUUUUCGAAUCCGAAAUGAUUCCUAUAGGCGGUGCCAUACGCGCACUAAUGAUGGGUAUCCAUGCGUACUUCAACAUCUGGUGCGAGGCUCGUGCUGGGUGGGUAGUGUUUAUGAAGCGUCGGACAGCGGUACAUAAAAUUUCCUCCCUGCCGGAAGCGACCACCGUUCAACUGCACCAAUUUGAUGACGUAUGCGCCAUUUGUUACCAGGAUAUGACAUCGGCGAAGAUCACGCGAUGCAAUCACUACUUCCAUGGUGUUUGUCUACGGAAGUGGUUGUACGUGCAGGAUCGUUGCCCACUCUGUCACGAGAUUAUCAUGAACCAGGAUGGCAAUGCAGGAGACGACAGUACGGAGGUGCCAGCGAACAACUUGGAUAAUGCAAGAGCCCAAGCACGUGUCGGUGGCAGACCGGGGAAUGAAACCACUAACCGUCAACAAAGUGUUGGACAAGCUAGUAGCCUACACAGUUCCGACCAGACAGAUGCGCUCAAUCAACCGUUGUUCGACGAUACGUUCUUGGAGGAACAAAUAACCAAUCACAUACGAGCUAGUGCCAGUAGAUUAGGUGAAAAUACAAUCGAUUUACACGAUGCACAAAUGGAAGCGGUACCUCUGUCGAGAAGAUCCACUCUCCAGGAACCAACCGCUGAUGGGCAGAUGGGUAGCCAUGAACAUCGAUUCGUCCGAUUACUUGGUGGCAUUUCGACUGUUCAUGCAACAGAUGCAUCAGAAGUGGGACAAUCCGAUAGCGGUUUGCGAACGCCACUGUCAGAGAAUGGCGUUGGGCUUGUUGCAACCGAUGGCAUACAUCCUAGCGAAAGUGGGAGCAGCUACGCUAGCACAUCGGAAAGCAUCAGUAGCAUCACGGAAGAUACCGGCGGUACCAGUACCAGUAGUGGCAGCAGCACCGGAAGUGGCACCUUGUCAACGCUGUCAAACAGUUCACUGGUGUCGGCUGCUGCUAUUUCCUUUAACCUACGGAGGCACCACGUUCUUUUACAGCAGCAGCAGCAGCAGCAGCAACUGCAACAGCAGCCAAACGCACCAAGAGAAUAA